AUGGAGCUGAUCCACGCGCUUCUUGGUGCAGCAAAAUACGCCGUGGCUAUUAUUAUACCGCUGGCACUUUUCAUCGGUAGUUACCGGCUUAUGUUCCACCCUCUUCGAGAAUACCCAGGCCCCUUCAUCGCCAAGCUCACCGAUGCCUAUGGUGGUUACCAGGUGAAGAGGAAACGGCUCCAUCUGAAAGCGCAUUCCGACCUUCAAAAAUAUGGUCCCGUGUAUAGACAGGGACCUAAUCGCCUUGUCUUCAACACGGUGGCGGCUCUUCGCGAUUUAAGCCGCCAUCAUGCCUCGAUACGCAAAUCACACGUUUACAGCUUCACGUCAUUCAGCCCUGUCCCGCAUGUUCUGGGGACGGUGGACCCGGAACCUCACCGGAUGAAGCGCAAUGUCUACGGACGUGUCCUCUCUGGCCAGUCCUUGCAGAGAUUCGAGCCGGCGAUGCGCGCCGAGGUUGAUAUCUUUCUCCGAAAGGUCCUCGAGGCUGCCGAGGCUGGCCCGGUCAACAUGACGCCCCUGUGCGAGCGGCUCGCCAGCGACAUUGCCGUCCAGCUCGGCUUUGGAGUCGACCUUAAGUCACAGACCGAGCCGGAGAACCGGGUCCUUAUCGACAUCUUUCUGCACAUGAACACGAUCCACAGUGUGUACAUGGCUUGGCCCGCCAUUCACGCCUUGAAUAAGAUCGUUAUGCUCUUCAACAUGCGCAAGCUUCUCACGGCAGGGGGGAUCAUCAAGAAUAUCAUCAAAAGGCGAGCUGCCAUUGAAGAGAACUCGGGGCGGCACGACUUUUGGGCCGUUGCUUCGACAAGCCAUCACGAAUCCGAUUCGACAACAUCAUCAAUCGAAAAGAGCCAAGUAUGGUCAGAGGCUCUGUUUUUCUUCCCGGCAGGCGGCCAGACAACCUCUUGCGCCCUGAGCGCUGCCUUCUUCUACUUGUCUCGCCACCCUCUCGUCUACGCUCGCCUUGCCGCUGAAAUCCGCGACGCCUUUUCAGACGGGUCUCUCAUAACGGUUGGGCCGCAGCUCCUCGGUUGCAAGUACCUGCGCGCCGUCAUCGACGAGACGCUUCGCAUGUCGCCACCCACAACGGUGAUGCCUUGGCGCGAAGUAGACCGCAAUAUCUCUCCUAAAGAGCCCUGUGUCGUCGACGGCCAUGUUGUUCCCGGUGGGACAUUAGUGGCGAUCAGUGCCUACUGCCUCAUGCACAACGAGGAGUACUUCCCCCAGCCUUUCGCCUUCCAGCCUGAGCGUUGGCUUGACGAUACUGAUCCUGAUAGACUGGCGAGAAUGGUAGAGGCUUUCAUUCCCUUUUCAUUUGGUGACACCAUGUGUCUAGGCAAGACCUUGGCUUACAUGGAAAUGAGCUUGGUCCUGGCAAAGACGCUCUGGUAUUUCGACUUCAAGCAGGCGCCUGGAGAAUCAGGAAAGCUGGGCGCUGGCGGCCCAGGAGGGUGGGACGGGGAUUUACGCCGCCGUGUGGACGAGUUUCAGUUGUAUGAUGCCUUCGUGGGUGAGCAUAACGGACCUAAUCUGACUUUCAUCCCUAGAGAGAACUUGUAG